AUGGCCGAGACAAGGCGUCGCAGUGCUCGAAUCGCGGACGCAAAGGUCGAUCCUCUGGGCCAUUACACUGCGCCAGAGCAUGCCGACUCAGACUCGAACUCCUCCGCCCUUUCUGACAUUAACGAAAGUGAGUUUGACUCGGAUGUCAGGCCGAACAAACGUCUGAAGACUGCGGGUGGAAAAGCUUCGCGAGUGGUUAGGAAGACGAGGAGCACGACCGUCAAGACAGUAACGACGAAGACGGUGACGACAAGAACGAAAGCAUCAGCUACCACCACCGCCAGCACCUCCACUUCAGUUACUACGGCCACUCUCGCAAUAACAGCAGCCAAACCCAAAGCAACAGCUGCCUUAAUCCACGCCCUGAUCGCUCAGAUUUUCGACUGCCCCCUCCCUCAAGGAAACGAAACCCCAUGCCAUCCAUCCCAUCUUCAUCCAUUAACCUACCAUAAUCCUCUCCUACUCUCUACCCCCACUGCUCGUACAAAUCGUGAUGAUCUCCUUACCUGGUUCGACUCCGUCUCUUCCUCUCGGCAAAUGCCGUGGCGAAAACCAUGGAUCGACACCACCUCCCUUGUCUCCUCCUCCUCGUCCGGCGUCUCUCCCCAAGAACUGAAAGAAACUGUAGCCCAGCGGGCCUACGAGGUGUUGCUUUCCGAGACCAUGUUACAGCAGACCCGAGUAUCGACCGUCAUUGCAUAUUACAACAAAUGGCUAGCCGCCCUCCCGACCAUGCAGUCUCUAGCAGCCGCCCAGCCAGAGGAAGUUCUCUCCCUCUGGAAGGGCCUCGGCUACUACUCGCGCGCCACCCGCCUUCAUGCACUUGCUCAACUGGUCUGUCCGCCCCCCGAAGAAGGUGGAGGGGAUGUCAAGAGCAAGGAGGUGCUGGAGGUGGUGUGGGAGGCUGCUAAGCGGCUAGUUGAGGCUGUUGCUUGGGACGGCACUGAUGCCACCGAAGAGGAGCGGGAGGGAAAGGAGCCGCCGGUCAGUGACAGGCCGGGCAGAUGGGGUCAGGGGCUAAUGGAACUUGGAGCUACUGUCUGUUUACCAGGGCCAGCGAAACCCAAGUGUGGACUAUGUCCUGUCAAGGAAACUUGCAGGGCUUAUCAAGAGGGGGUGGAUAUCGCGACCCAAAAGGGACUGAUGCCGGAGAGAAAAGUGACGGCGAGGAAGAGAGUGGUGGACAUUGAAGAUUCCUGCACGCUAUGUCCCCCACCCGAAGCGGAAGAGUCUGACAAGCAGGAGAGUGAUGUUAGAACGAAGAAGCGGAAGAAGCAAGGCGAGGUGUCCGCGUUCUUUGACAAGUUCAUAGCCUCAGGUAUGCGCCGCAAGAAAGAAGCAGCAGAGGACUCCGACCGAACAGAGCCAUCUUCAGCCGCCAUGGAAGUCAUCACCUCUCACUGCUCAAAGUAUCCCUACACGAAAGCCAAGACGAAGAAGCCGCGCGAGGAAGAGUGUCUGGUGGUAGCAAUCCGACGUCCAUCCGACGGCCGCUACCUGAUCCAUAAGCGGCCGGCCAAGGGUCUGCUGGCGGGCAUGUGGGAGCUUCCCAGCCAUACUUUGCCUGCUGAUUUGACAUGGAACGAUGGGUCUGCGACAAUCAAGAAGGACAAGGUGCGCAUAGUUUUGAAGGAGGUGUUGGAAGAGGUGGGAGUGAGAAGUUGGAGGGAGAACGAGGAAGAAUUGGGGACGGUGCCGUGGACAUUUUCGCAUUUCAAGUUGGCGAUGCAUGUCUGGGCGAUUGACCUUACAGAUGGGGAUGAAGUCGGGAGCGAGGGAGUGGAGGGUAACGCGAAGACGAAGCGGUGGGCGACGAUGGAGGAGAUUGAGGGAGAAAACAUGGGGACGGGAAUGAAGAAGUGUUGGGAGUUGAUCAAGGAAAGAAGGUAG